AUGUCAGAAACUAAAAUUGUUGAUGCAUCAGAGAUCGAGGAAGAUGUAGAGCAAGUUGAACCGAAGGACUGCCAAAAAAUGUUUCGAGUGCUUUUGUGGCGCUUCCUUCUCUCUCUUGUAUUCAUCGGAGCAUGUGCUGGUGCUGUAAUUUAUUCAUUUGUUCAUGGUGAAAAAGGAACACAUGUGCAUGAGCAUCAUAGAGAUGCCUCAAAGAAUUUCUCAAUUUUUGUAGAUCAAUAUUCCAAAAAGAAAGGAUUGUACAUUGUGACUUAUAAAUAUCCUGAUGGGUCACGAGAACUUCCUCCGAGAAAAGAGAAGUUUCACUCAAUUUGGUAUCAAAGCAACACUAACCAAACUCUUGUGCACCAAGUAACCCAAGAUAUCACAAUUUAUGCCUUCAAAACUCAUGCAUAUUGGUAUGAUACUUCUAAUAAGAAAAAGAUAUGUACAUUUGAUCCGAAUACUAAUUACAUGAGCUAUAUUAAUAGAUUAGGCUUGACAUCACUUGAGAGAUACCAUUCCGAAUAUGUAAGUGAAAUCUGCUUGAAUGUGCAGGAAGAAACACACAAUGGUAACAAAGUAUUUAUCUACCAAGGCAAUCCAUCGGAAGUGUUGCUCACAAAUGUUCAACAAACGGCAUUUUUGGUAACCGCAUACGCUGACUCGAAAACAGGAGCUCUUCUUGCAUGGGACACCUACUUCACCGCUAAAAACCAAGAUGAGGACCUUAUUUACAAAACCUCUUAUGAAUAUAGCUCGAUGUUAUCGGCGAAGCCUGAUGAUUCUUGGUUCAUUACUCCUGAAGAGUGUUCUCCUUGA